GAAGCUAAAUCUUUAGAAAGAUUGAGCAAGCCAAUAUCUUUCAGAGCAUUUGUACAAUUCGACAGUCAAUUUACAGAGAAAAAGUUAAACGACUUUUGUGACAUGAGUUUGACGCCUACUAUAGCAAUAGUUCAUUGGAUGCCACCCAAGAAAUUGAAUUGCGUGGGCGUGACCUACGAAGUACAUUACAAGUCAGUUAUAUUAGUGAACGGCAUGCAACAAAAGAGCAAACAAUUUAUUAAUAUGCCGAAACGUAUGGUAGAUGGCAGAUUUUUCGCAAAGAUUAACUUGUUGCUACCAGUACAAGAUUACUUGAUAUACGUGCGUGUGUAUCCAAGUAAUUUCAGUGAUUUGUACAACGAGAGUUUAAGCAAGAUCGUUCACAUAUCCUCAGAACCAAACAAUAUUACUUUGAGCGGGGUCGACAUAAAUAGCAUGAACAUUUCAUGGAUCUCCAACAUUAAUCUGACGAUGUUUUGUACACUAGAGUACAAAGAGAUUGCAGCAGAAAAGUGGCAAACAAUGAAUUAUUUUAAAAUGAAUUAUAACAAUGAAGUAAUGUACCCUGUCAAAAAUUUACAAUCGGGAACUUUAUACAAGUUUCGCUUGAUAUUGAUAUAUCUCGAAUAUGAGGAAACUUUUAUAUGGCCGACUGAUGAAAGAUUUAUUUUUUCAACACGUGGUAGCAAACGUGAUAUUACGAGCACUCCUGGAAUAAUACGGAAUAAAUAUUACUUAUUAUUGAUGUUGGUUAUAGUUCCUAUAAUCUCCAUUUUCUACAUUUAUCGUUUGUAUCGUCAACGCAGAGGUAAUAAUGAACAAUUUUUGUCUUCUACAAUGACCGAUGUAGAAUUGGCGAUUCUACCUGAAGUACCUUGCCGAAACACUCAAUCCAAUAUGAUUUACAGUCCUAUGUUACAUUAUAACCCGGAUGAAUAUGCGAUAACUAAAAUCGCACGAAAUCAAAUUACACUUACGAAACAUCUUGGUAGCGGCGCAUUCGGAAUGGUGUAUCAAGGAAAGGUGAAGGAUUUAGAAAAAUCGGGCACAGAGAUGUCCGUUGCAAUAAAAACGCUUCAAAAAGAUGCUACUCCCCGUGAGAAAGAGAAAUUCUUAAAGGAAGCCAAGCUUAUGAAUCGUUUUCAACACAAACAUAUAUUAAGAUUGUUGGCCGUUUGUUUAGAUGGAGAUUCUCCGUUGCUAGUGUCGGAAUUGAUGGAAAUUGGAGAUCUGUUAAAAUAUUUGAGAGAAUGUCGAAAUUUGCAAGCGUCAGAUUCGUCUGCUCUGCGUUUGCAGGAUUUGCUCGCCAUGUGCGAAGAUGUUGCGCGAGGUUGUUGCUACUUGGAAGAGUUGCGUUUCGUACAUAGAGAUCUAGCGUGUCGCAAUUGUUUAGUAUCUUCAAGAAAUCGCGAGGAUCGUGUCAUCAAAAUUGGAGAUUUUGGACUAGCUAGAGAUAUCUACAAGGAUGAUUAUUAUCGAUUGAAAGGAGAAGGUUUGCUUCCUAUUCGAUGGAUGGCACCCGAAUCUUUGAUAAUGGGAAUAUUUACUAUUCAAAGCGAUGUUUGGUCAUUUGGGGUAUUAAUGUGGGAAAUUACAUCGUUGGGUGAGCAACCUUAUAGUGCCAAGACUAAUGAAGAAGUGAUAAAUUAUGUUCGUGCGGGAGGCAGGUUGCCGAUGACUCUUAACUGUCCGUCACCAUUGUACCAGUUGAUGCUAAGUUGCUGGAGUGCAGCGUAUGCUAGACCAAAUUUCGAAUUUUGUCUGAAAAAUAUUAUAGCAUUAAAAAAGAACGUAGAGGAUGCCUUACUGAGUCUGGUCGAUACUAUUUAGCCGAUAUAUUUAAAUUAAUGU